AUGGCAAUACUCGGGAUAUUAAUUUCUUUUCUUUCUCUAGCUUAUGCAGAUCCUCACUGUUAUGCAGUUUCUUUAGAAGGUGGCGGAAGUUAUGGGGCAUUCGAAGCAGGGUCUCUUUGGCAAAUUGCUUAUACAGCUCCAGUCAAUAUCUCAUGAGAUGUCGUAACCGGAGUUUCAACUGGAGCACUCAAUGCAGGAGGUGUAGCCCAAUUCAAGCCUGGCAAUGAAAAAGCCAUGGCAGACUUUUUAGUAAAUACUUGGCUUACACUUAACGGCUCAUCGAGCGUUUAUGUUGAAUGGGAAGGUGGCCUUCUUGAAGGAAUUUUAUUCCAACGAGGCUUGUACAAUACCAAGCCUCUUGUAAACACCUUGCAUCAAAAAUACAUAUAUGGGGUUAAUCGAAAUGUUACAGUCGGCUCAACCAAUUUAGAUACAGGUAUAUAUGGCCAAUUCAAUGAAUCUUUAGGGCUUGAAGGCUUACUUACAGCGAUUACAUGUUCAGCAUGCCCUCCAUGGUAUUUCCCACCAGUUAAUUUUCAAGGAAGCACAUGGGUUGAUGGCGGUGUUAUGAUAAAUCAAGACGUUUUUGCAGCUGUAGAAAGAUGUCUUGAUGUAGUCCCAAGCCAAUCACAAAUUACAGUAGACUUAAUAUUUGACUGCAUGCCUUAUACACUUCCACCAGAAACUAAUAUGACUACUUUAGAUGUCCUCAAGCGCGUUCAUGAUAUCAAUGGAUAUGAUGGCCAAAUGUGGUUUUAUUAUAAUGCAAUGGCAGCUUGGCCAGACGUGAAUUACAGAUAUGUAGUUUUCCCAAGCGUAAAUAUGCCAGGCGGAAUAGUGCCUCUUGAUUUUAAUCAAACAAAUUUGGAGUGGGAGGUGCAGCUUGGAAAAAAUGAUACAGAAAAAGUUAUUAGUGAAGGAAUUGAUGGGAGGACGAUAUUGACCCAGAGAUAUAUGGAAAAUAGGCAAAAAAUUAUUUAUCCUUAA